AGAGCGAGGGCGAGAACCCGGUCACCAUGGCAACCGCGGGCGCGUCUCUUUUCGAGCCAUGGCGAAAUCAUGGGGGUUGCUGCGCAGGUCGAUCGUAGGCGAAAAAGGUAUUUUUCGUCUCUCCAGCGUCCCUCUGAGGAAGCAGCCACAAAAUAAUGUGCCGGUUUCAGCCUCCUGCACCAGACGCAGUCACAAUGCCUUGGGGAUGCGUUUCUUCCCCAUCUCCUCCCGCCGCAGCUCCAUUAUUUGUUUUACCUGCUCACAACCGCGCUUCCUAACCGCGUCUGCUCAGAAACAAGCAGCUCUUGUUCGUAGGGUGGAGAGUCGUCAGGUUGGAAGGGACCCCGAGGAUCAUCCAGUCCAGGGUUUCCCAAACUUGAAUCCUCCCCACCCCCAGCUGCUUUUGGACUACAAUUCCCACCAUCCCUGUCCACUGGUCCUGCUAGGUAGGGGUGAUAGGCGUUGUAAUGCAGAAAAAGAAGAGCCGUUGAAUGAACGCUGCUUUUUACAAAGAAUCAGUAAAAAGAGUGUUUUUCUCUCUGCAGAUGCUGAAGUUUACAAAGUAUCGUUUGUAUUUCCCAAUGGAGAUAAGUAUGAGGGUGACUGUAUAAGAACACUUGAAGGAGUUCUUGAGAGAUGUGGACAUGGAGUUCAUACUACUCCAGAUGGAAUUAUUUACCAAGGAAACUGGAAGAAUGAUAAGAUGAAUGGUUUUGGAAAGCUGGAACAUCCUUCAGGUGCAGUUUAUGAAGGCGAGUUCUUUAACAACAUGUUUCAUGGAACAGGAACCUACAUAUUUACCAAUGGAGCCAAGUACACUGGACAGUUCUGUGCAAACAGGGUGGAAGGGAAGGGAGAAUUUAGAGACACACAGGGCCUGGAAUGGGAUGGCACCUUUCAUUACACAGCAGCACCAGGGCUGAAGCUAAAGCUGGACAUGUAGGAUAAUUUGUACUGGAAGAAAGGCAUUAAACAGUUGUUAUCCAUACUGUUUCACAAUAAAUAAUUUCUUAGUUCAUUGAUAAGAAACUAUUGUUUUUAAAUAGAGGUGAGCAAAUAAAGCAAGCAUUAGACUUAA